GCUCUCAAGGAGACCGCAAAGAGUGCACUUAUCCAUUCACUGCUCAUCAAUCCUGAUCUCAUAGUUCCACUGCAUCCAGUUCGGCUUCUGACAGGCUGUAUCGCUUGCCAGAGCACAAGCCUAGUGAUGUCUCACACGCCAGCCUCAAUAGGUCAAAGUCGGUUCAGGCUGCCCAAGGCACUUCCCUUGCUUCCACAACCUGCAUCUUCGACAGCUCUGAUGACGUACCACGCAUCGUCGCCGACAUCCCCCGGAGGACAUCAAUACUUGAGCAAGCCCUGCGGAAAUCAGAUGAAGAGAUACCUAACUUCAAUGAGAACACUGGCCAUGAAACUUGCCCUUUUAUUUGCAUCUCACGUUAAGCCAAUCGUGUGCCACACAGAACAGCCUGCUUCCAAACGUCCUCCAAUUCCCGUGCCUAUCACUCACCCAUUCGCUAUCCUCAACACAGCCCGCGCUGCAGGAUUCCUCUCCCCAACUAUCGUAAGACCGUACAGCGAUCUCACCCAUACGCUAGAGAACCUUGACGCAAAGCCCAAGCCUGCAGCACUCAAAAGUCUCUUCUUCACACAACACUUCGAGCCUGCCCAGCUCCGGGUCUUUGAUUCGUGCGCGGGGGGAUGCUGAGCCCCUGAAGGCUCAUGCAUAUACCUAAUCAUGAGGAUUAUUAACUAUCGAAGAUUGUGUCUGCAUUCCUCCCUCCAUGGCAGGAUCUGGUGUCGUGGACGUGGAAGCUAAGC